GCACCCUCCCGGGGAGCCAGGCGGAAGUUGCAGGAAGCCGCGGAGAGGAGGCAGGAGAGGCGAGGGUGGUGGCUAUGAGUGGUCUUGGCAGACUCUUCGGGAGGGGGAAGAAGGAGAAGGGGCCAACCCCUGAAGAGGCAAUCCAGAAACUGAAGGAGACAGAGAAGAUAUUGAUCAAGAAACAGGAGUUUCUGGAGCAGAAGAUUCAGCACGAGCUACAAAUGGCCAAGAAGCAUGGAACCAAGAAUAAGAGAGCCGCCCUACAGGCUUUGCGGAGGAAGAAAAGAUUUGAACAGCAGCUGGCACAAACCGAUGGGACACUGUCUACCCUGGAGUUUCAGCGUGAGGCCAUUGAGAAUGCCACCACCAAUGCAGAAGUGCUUCGGACCAUGGAGCUUGCUGCCCAAGGCAUGAAGAAGGCCUACCAGGACAUGGACAUUGACAAGGUGGAUGAGCUGAUGGCUGACAUUACAGAACAACAGGAGGUGGCCCAGCAGAUCUCAGAUGCCAUUUCCCGGCCCCUGGGCUUUGAUGUGGAUGAGGAUGAACUGUUGGAGGAGCUAGAGAAGCUGGAGCAGGAGGAAUUGGCUGAGGAGUUGUUACAAAUAGGCGACAAGGAGGAAGAACCCCCCAUCAAACUGCCCAGUGUACCCCCCACACAGCUGCCUGAAGGGCCAGCUCCCAAAGCGGAUGAAGAUGAAGAAACGCUAAAGCAGUUGGCGGAGUGGGUAUCCUGAGGAGUCUGGGCUUGUUUUCUCGGUGCUGCCUUCAUUGGUCUCUUCCUUAAGUGCCAAGUGCUAAGCUAAAGGAACACAGCCUUUUGGGGAGGUCCUGCUGAGGGUGAUAGUGACCCUGCCUGAAAAGGGGUUGUUGCCCUCCCCUCCCUGGCUCAACUCUGAAAGAGAACGUUAGUGCAAGAGGAGCCCCUUGGCUCCCUUCUCUUUGAUAACAGUUACAGUGCCCUUGUUCCCAAUAAAAUCAGGCAGACGGAACCCUAGUGUUUAUACUGCCUCAUCUACACCUGAAACCUC